CCUCCCCCUGUGAGGGUGUGACCUAGCGGGGAAGGUCCUGCCUUCUGUCUCUAAGUCGUGAACUGUUACUCAGCUCCUUUUCCACGGGCUGUCUCACCAUCAAGACCGAGGGUCGUUUUCAAGAAAAUAAACACAACACAAACAGUUCAGGAUGUCUCGGGAGCAGCAGGCGGUGGCUCGUGCCAGAAAAGCCUUUCAAACCGGCAGGUCCAGACCUUUAGAGCAUCGCAUUUACCAGCUGAAGAAACUACAGCAGCUUUUCAUUGACAGACAGAAAGAAAUUUCAAAUGCCAUCAAGAAAGACCUCAAUAAGAGCGAGGUGGGGACCCAGCUUUAUGAGACCCUGGGUCUUGAGGGUGAGAUCAGCCUGGCCAUCCGAAAGCUGAAGGAGUGGGCGGCUCCUCGGCCCGUAGAGAAGAACCUUCUAACAAUCUCGGAUACCGUCUACAUCCAGCCCGAGCCUCUGGGAGUGGUUCUCGUCAUCGGAGCCUGGAACUAUCCCUGGGCUGUCACCAUCCAGCCGCUCAUUGGAGCAAUUGCCGCUGGUAAUGCUGCUGUGAUUAAGCCCUCCGAGGUCUGUGUUCACACAGCAAAGGUCAUGGAGGAACUGCUGCCUCUUUACAUCGACAAAGAGCUUUACCCUGUAGUUAAUGGAGGAGUGGCAGAGACCCAGGAGCUGCUGCGCCAGAGGUUCGAUCACAUCUUCUACACCGGCAACUGUGUGGUGGGCAAACUGAUCAUGGAGGCCGCCGCCAAACACCUUACACCGGUCACCCUGGAGCUGGGCGGAAAGAGUCCCUGCUACAUCGAUAAGAACUGUGACAUCAGCAUAGCCUGCAGACGGAUUACCUGGGGAAAGUACACAAACUGCGGCCAGACGUGCAUCGCCCCAGACUACAUCCUCUGUGAGCCCAGCAUACAGGACCGGGUCAUUGAUGAAGUCAAGAAGGCCAUAAAGGAGUUCUACACAGACGACCCAAAGACCUGCGCAGACUAUGGACGCAUCAUCAACCAGCGCCACUUCAAGAGGAUUAUUACCAUGUUGGAGGACAGCACUGUGGCUGUAGGAGGAGAAAAUGAUGAGUCAGAUUGCUACAUAGCCCCCACAGUCUUGCGGGAUGUGAAGCCAGAGGCGACGGUAAUGCAGGAGGAGAUAUUUGGACCUCUGCUUCCCAUCUUACCAGUCAGCGGCCUGGACGAGGCAAUCAAAGUUAUUAAUAACGGAGAGAAACCUCUGGCCCUCUAUGUGUUCUCAUCAGACAACAAGGUGAUAAAGAGAAUGACAGACGAGACCUCCAGUGGAGGACUGCUGGCCAACGACUGUCUGGUGCACUUUUCUGUCAGCUCUCUGCCUUUCGGAGGAGUGGGGAACAGCGGUAUGGGUUGCUACCACGGCAAGUUCAGCUUCGACCAGCUGAGCCACCUGCGAGGUUGUCUCAUCAAGCAGCUGAAGAUGGAAGGGGUGAACAGCAUGCGCUACCCACCUCACACACUCAAGAAACUGGGCUGGGCUCGCUUCUUCAUCCUGAAGAAUGUAGACCUGGGCUGGCUGGGGCGGAUGGCUCUGUUAGCCGUCUUUGCUGUGGUGGCUGCAGUUGUGCUUCAGAAUUAUCUCCUUUGAAGACAUCCUGCUGCAUCCCAAGACAAGCCUGUCAUUUCUUUCCCCCUGAGGACCAGAGAGAGGAGAAGAGCAGCAUGAAUGACAGACCUUUUUAUCAGCAAGUUUCUGUUUUAAUCAGACCCGCACUGGGUGGCUGUAAUUCCUGAAGGUCCAUUCAACAUUUCCAAAAUGUGUCAGAAGAAGUUUCAGCUCACUGGAGAAAGCAUCUGAUUUACAUGAAGGUAAUUGUUUUUUUCCAAUGUAUGGAUCUUAUAUUUUAUUCAGCAUUCCUACGUUCCAGUUUAACCCGUUAGAUCAGCUUGCAUUCUUAAAAAUAUUUAUUCAAUACGUUAUGAAAUACACACUAUAACGCUGAUUUUGCAAUGAAUAUGUUAAAUGAAGAAACAAAUCGAAGUAACAUAGCUACUGUAAGACGUACAGUAAUGAAGUUAAAUCUAUCUAACCUGCAGUUUAUUUAGACUAUCACACUAUUUUUAUUACGUAGGGAUUACCUGCAGUCAGUCUUCUGUCCCUUCCAUUUCAUUUACUUCACCUUAAGGCUCGAUCAUUUCCGUCCAAGCUUUUGUUUGUUUGUUUUUUUGUUUGAGAUGAAGAAAAUAUGUAUGUCUCAGUCUGUGUCUAAGACUUCUUGAGUCCAUGUUUAGCGGAUGGGAAUCAAACAGGAUCAUGUGAAGGAUGUUUGUAUUUAAUGCCUCUUAACCACCAAAUGCCUCUAACAACUGA